AUGACGGAAAUAAUGACAGACAAAGAACAGCAGUUCAGCUGUGCAACUGUGCAGCUGUGCAACUGUGCAGCUGUGCAACUGUGCAGCUGUGCAACUGUGCAGCUGUGCAACUGUGCAGCUGUGCAACUGUGCAACUGCGCAGCUAUGCAACUGUGCAACUGUGCAACUGUGCAACUGUGCAGCUGUGCAACUGUGCAACUGUGCAGCUAUGCAACUGUGCAACUGUGCAACUGUGCAGCUAUGCAACUGUGCAACUGUGCAACUGUGCAGCUGUGCAACUGUGCAGCUGUGCAACUGUGCAGCUGUGCAACUGUGCAGCUGUGCAACUGUGCAGCUGUGCAACUGUGCAGCUGUGCAACUGUGCAACUGCGCAGCUAUGCAACUGUGCAACUGUGCAACUGUGCAACUGUGCAGCUGUGCAACUGUGCAACUGUGCAGCUAUGCAACUGUGCAACUGUGCAACUGUGCAGCUAUGCAACUGUGCAACUGUGCAACUGUGCAGCUGUGCAACUGUGCAGCUGUGCAACUGUGCAACUGUGCAAUCUUGCAAGACAGGUCAAUAUUGAACGUUCAUUUGGGGUCAACACGCAAGGAGCAGAGAGUGGUGGUGUCGGCGUGGAGAGGUGUCCUGAAGGUGCUGGGGUUUGGGAUGGGCGUGGAAGGGAAGGGAAAGAGGAGAAAUGGGCUUGA